CAAUCCAUGAGUAUUGUCUACAUCAAUGAUCGCCUGGGCACAAAGAAGGCAGUAUCAUAUUUCCCACGAACCAAAUCAGUUAAUGCGCAGGGUUUUACAGUUACUGUGGCUUCGACGAUUGACCGUCAAUCGCGAGAAAUUCACGCUUUAAAGACCAGCUCACAGUGCAAGACUAUGGUGCCAGCAACAAUGUCUAGCUGGACCUCGAGGUCGAUAAUGGCGAUUGA